CUUGUGUUUCCACGGUCUUCCAGCAGGGGGCAAUGCGCGCGCCCAGUCAGCCAUCCUCCACACAGUGAAAGAAAGAGAAGAAGACGAGCUGCAGGUUUCCUGAUUGGACAGAAUCCUGUGAACGACCUAAUCAUAUCUACAUCAGAAUAUUUGUGACAGGGAUUUACAGUCUCAGUUCUGUGCUGAUCGGGUUGAAGAGAAAAGCUGGCUGUGUGGAUUUGAGGAGCUUUAUCACCGUUCUGUUUUAAAGCCUGAGACGGUUUGUAAUGGAGGCUGGACUGUGCGCUGUGAGAGAAACUCCACACACUCCUCCUGCUCAACACUUACAGCUUUCUGAAGAUGUGCACACCGAGGCUUUUAUAACUUCUGGUGAAGGAAUGUCCAUCAUCACUGUAGACCAUGAGGACGGAUGUUUCCUGAGAAAUCCUUUAAAACAGGAAGAAUCUGAAGACGAAGACUUUCUCUAUGAAGGUACAUCGAGCUCCGUGAGCUGCGUCACCCCUGUUGAUCAGACGGACAGAGGAUUCCAAAUGAAGCAUCUAAAGAAAGAAGAACCCGAAGAUGACGAAUACCUCUACUGUGAGGAUUGCAGAUUGUUCUUCAUUAACAAGUGUGAGGUUCACGGCCCAGCUCUCUUCAUCCCCGACACCCCUGUUCCCCUGGGAGUCCCUGACCGAGCCAGGCAAACACUUCCACCUGGUCUAGUGGUUCAGGAGUCCAGUAUUCCUGAUGCAGGCCUGGGAGUGUUUAAUAUGGGAGAGGCUGUUCCAGUUGGUAUGCACUUUGGCCCUUAUCAGGGAGACUUGGUAGACUGUGAGGAAGCUAUGAUCAGUGGCUACUCCUGGGUGAUCUACAGGGAGGGGCAGUGUGAACAGUACAUCGAUGGCAGGAGAGAGAUGCAUGCUAACUGGAUGAGGUUUGUGAAUUGUUCGUGUGAUAAUGAGGAACAGAACCUUGUGGCGUUUCAGUAUCAUGGUGGAAUUUUCUACCGUUGCUGUCGACCCAUUAAACCAGGACAGGAGCUCUUGGUGUGGUACACAGAGGAGUACGCCAAAAAUCUCAGCAUCGCAUUUGGCUACAUCUGGAAGAAAAAGUGCUCUGCAAAUGAAAUGCAUAUUGAAACAAACCAGUGGAUUAACACACAAGAAAAGCCGCAUCAGUGCUUACAGUGUGGUAAGAGAUUUACUGAGAGAGGUACUCUCGACAAACACUACCGUAUCCACACCGGGGAGAAACCGUAUCACUGCUCCGAGUGUGGAAGGAGUUUUACACAGCAGAGCACUCUCCAACGACAUCAGCGCAUUCACACUGGAGAGAAACCGUAUCUAUGCUCGCACUGCGGAGACAAAUUUUCAAACCAGAGUAAUCUCCAACGACACCAACGUGUUCACACUGGAGAGAAACCGUAUCACUGCUCACUGUGUGGGAAGAAUUUUACACAACGGAGUACUCUCCAACGACACCAGCGCAUUCACACUGGAGAGAAACCGUAUCAGUGUCCCCACUGUGGGGAGAGAUUUACUCACCAGAGUCUCCUCCAGUCACACCAACGCCUUCACACUGGAGAAAAGCCGUAUCACUGUCCAUUGUGUGGGAAGAGUUUUACUGAGAGAGGUGCUCUUAAGAAACACCAACGCAUUCACACAGGAGAGAAGCCAUAUCACUGUCCAGAGUGUGGGAAGAAUUUUACUGAGAAAAGUGCUCUUAAGAAACACCAGCGCAUUCACACAGGGGAGAAACCAUAUUACUGCUCACAGUGUGGACGGAGCUUCACUUUCUCAAGUUCUUUUAGUACACACAAGUGUACCAACACAGAGUUGUCAGCUUGCAACAUGGAGACAACCUGGGACUUGGAGGUGCUGAUUUUCAUCCCAGCAGCUUCACACUCCGCAGUGAAAAAUGGAGGUUCAUCUGUGAGCUGCAUCACCCCUUUUGUGCAGCAGGAUGGAGAAUUUCAGAUGAAGCCUUUAAAAAAGGAGGAAGCUGAAGAUGACGACUACCUCUACUGUGAGGAAUGUAAAUCCUUCUUUAUCAACAAGUGUGAGGUUCACGGCCCAGCUCUCUUUAUCCCUGAUACCUCUGUUCCCCUGGGAGUCCCUGACCGAGCCAGGCAAACACUUCCACCUGGUCUAGUGGUUCAGGAGUCCAGUAUUCCUGAUGCAGGCCUGGGAGUGUUUAAUAUGGGAGAGGCUGUUCCAGUUGGUGCACACUUUGGUCCUUAUCAGGGAGACUUGGUAGACUGUGAGGAAGCUAUGAAUAGUGGCUACUCCUGGGUGAUAUACAACGGCAGACAGUCUGAGAGAUGCAUAGAUGCCAGCAGUGAGAUGCGUGCUAACUGGUUGAGGUAUGUGAAUUGCGCUCGAAACAAUGAAGAGUGCAAUCUUGUGGCAUUCCAGUAUCGAGGGGAGAUUCUGUACCGUUGCUGUCGACACAUUGAACCAGGACAGGAGCUCUUGGUGUGGUACGCAGAGGAGUACACAAAACAUCUCGACAUUACAUUCGAACAAAUCUGGAGGAAAAAGUGCUCUACAGAUGAAACGAACAAUGCUUUGUGUCCACUCUCCCAUACGUCUAAAAUUGACCUUCACAAAGACAUCAAGAGAUGCCAUAAUGAGGAGUAUGUGGGAACGCUGAACUCAGAAGAGAUUACUUGGAAUACUUUGAAAUCAGGAAGCUCCAGGAGUCAGAAAACUGAAUCUGAUACCUUCCAUACCAACAUCUCUCAUAGCCAAAUGCAAAAAGGAUUUCCAUUCGUACACGAGAAAAGCCGUACAGGAGAAAAGCCGUAUCAGUGCCUACAUUGUGGGAAGAGAUUUAAUCGAGAAAGUACUCUACAAACACACCAACGUAUUCACACAGGAGAGAAACCGUUUCACUGCUCGCAGUGUGGAAAGCGUUUUACUGAACAAUGUCAUUUCCAAACUCACCAACGCAUUCACACAGGAGAGAAGCCGUAUCUCUGCUCCCAGUGUGGGAAGAGCUUUACCCAUCAACGUAGUCUCCAAAGACACUGCCGUAUUCACACAAGAGAGAAACCAUAUUUCUGUUUACAGUGUGGGAAGAGUUUUAAACUACAGCUAGAUCUUGAACUGCACAGGUCCGUUCACAUGGGAGAGAAACCGUAUCACUGCUCAGAAUGUGGGAAGAAUUUUACUCACCAGUGUAAUCUCCAAACGCAUCAGCGCAUUCACACCGGAGAGAAGCCAUAUCACUGCUCACUGUGUGGAAAGAGUUUUACACAACUAAGUCAUUUCCAAAUUCACCAGCGCAUUCAUACGGGAGAAAAGCCGUUUCAGUGCUUACAAUGUGGGAAGAGAUUUAAUCGAGAAAGUACUCUCCAAACACACCAACGUAUUCACACAGGAGAGAAACCAUUUCACUGCUCGCAGUGUGGAAAGAGUUUUACACAACUAGGUCAUUUCCAAAUACACCAGCGCAUUCAUACAGGGGAAAAGCCGUAUCAGUGCUUACAAUGUGGGAAGAGAUUUAAUCGAGAAAGUACUCUCCAAACACACCAACAUAUUCACACAGGAGAGAAACCGUUUCACUGCUCACAGUGUGGAAAGAGUUUCACUGAACAAUGUAAUUUCCAAAGUCACCAACGCAUUCACACAGGAGAGAAGCCGUAUCUCUGCUCCCAGUGUGGGAAGAGUUUUGCCCAACAUAGUACUCUCCAAAGACAUCAACGCAUUCAUACAGGAGAGAAGCCAUAUAACUGCUCCCAGUGUGGGAAGAGCUUUACCCAUCAAAGUAGUCUCCAGCGACACAGCCGUAUUCACACAGGAGAGAAACCAUAUUUCUGUUUACAGUGUGGGAAGAGUUUUACACUACAGCAGGAUCUUGAACUGCACCAGUCCGUUCACAUGGGAGAGAAACCGUAUCACUGCUCAGAAUGUGGGAAGAAGUUCACUCACCAGUGUAAUCUCCAAACGCAUCAGCGCAUUCACACCGGAGAGAAGCCGUAUCACUGCUCACUGUGUGGAAAGAGUUUUACGCAACAAGGUGCUCUCCAGCGACACCAACGCAUCCACACAGGAGAGAAACCAUAUCAGUGCUUCUGGUGUGAAGAGAGAUUUGCUAACUCUGGCAAUCUUCGACGUCAUCAGCUAAUCCACACAGGAGAAAAACGUUAUCGCUGUCUACAGUGUGAUAAGGGUUUUAUUGAAAGAAGUGAUCUUGAGAAACACAAACGUGUCCACACAGGAGAGAAGCCGUAUCACUGCUCGGAGUGUGGCAAGUGUUUUUCUGAGAAUGGUGCGCUUAAGAAACACCAGCGCAUUCACACUGGAGAGAAACCGUAUUCCUGCUUGAAGUGUGGACGGAGCUUUACUUUCACAAGCUCUUUCAGAACACACAAGUGCACGAACACAGACAAGUUGUUGUUGGGUUGACAGGAUUGGUGUAAACAUUUUAUUUUUUUAAUUUAUUUUUUUAAUAUUUAUAUUUUUAGCAUUUUGCAGACACCCUUAUAUAGGGUGAGUUACAAAAGUGCUUUGUAGUGUCCACUAAAAGGUAUCCUGAUGCUAGUACAAGUAGGUCAAAGUCUAAAAAUACAAUAAAGCUAGAAUCCUCUUGGAGAGGAGUUAGUACAACGAGUUGGUUUAGCAACAACAGUGCACAAAAAAAAGUCAGUCUUGGUGAAAAAGUAGGUCUUUAGUCUUUGAUUGAAGACAGAAAGCUGUUCAGACUGCCAGGGGAAGUUCAUUCACCACCUGGGUGCAGGUUUGAUGAGGGUUUGAUGCAUGUCUUCCUUGUGCCUUGGGGGAUGGUGGGUCCAGUGGAGCAGUGCUAGAGGCUGGAAGGGAGAAGUUUCUUCAGGUAGCUGCUGUCCAUUGUUUUCCAUCAGCAUUGCAGUGAUGUGAAAACCCAUGCAGAUGAAACUCGCAGAGAGAGCGAGUAUAGAAAACAUGACAUCGCCAAGAGAGCGAGUAUAGAGGACAUGACAUCGCCAAGAUAACGAGUAUAGAGGGAGAACAGAAGAGGACCCUGCACUUCACCUUGAGGGACACCAUCUCCUCCAUGUUACCUGAUAUGACCGUUCCUCCAGGUAGGACGCAAACCAAUGGCAUUCUGUGCAACAAAUUCCAAGUCUCUUGAGAAUGGACAUUAGAGGCUUGUGACUGUGUCAUAGGCUGCUGACAGGUUAAAGGGCAUAAGACUGAUUACUGUUUGACUGACCUAUUGGCAUAAAACCUCUCAGUAACAGCCAUAAGGGCAGCUUCUGUGAUGAAAUAAUGAUGAAAAAUAUAUUGGGUGUAUGCGAGGGAAGAAAUUUUCCCUCCUUCCCCUAUUCCUACACUGCAUAAUCCCUCUUCCUUUCCUAGUUCCUUAACAUAUUUUUCAUAGUUUUUCCUGAAAUCCCAACCCCAGUCCUUCCUCCCACUACCUUUAUGCUCUUCCUUACAAUGUAUUGCCUUACUACAAAAAGAUGAUUUUGCAAGUUUGAAUCUCAGGUUGACUGACUGAUCUGCCUUUUUUGUAUUAAAUUAACUUGAAAUUAACUUGACAUUCUGAAAGUACUAUUUAAUUUUAGGCACACUAUCAUCUGACUAGCAUCCUUAUAUUUGUGAGGCUCAGACUUGUAUUGUUUAUGAGAGAUAAACAAUAAUGAUGAUUAUUGUAAUGAUGAAUAAUGAUAAUAAAGAUGAUCAAAUGUUUGAUUGUCCAAAUAUGUAAAAA